CAGAGCGCCUGCCGCUGUCUCCCCAGAGCCGGCGGACGGCCUGAGGCUGAGCAUGGCCCCUCCUGCCCCGGGCCUGGACCCCUGGAGCCUCCUGGGCCUUUUCCUCUUCCGCCUGCUGCUGCUGCUGCCACCGACGGCAGGGGAGGGUGGGCAGGGGCCCGUGCCCAGGGUCAAGUACCUCGCAGGGGACGGCCGCAGGGCUCUGAGCCUUUUCCACCAGAAGGGCCUCCAGGAUUUCGACACUCUGCUCUUGAGUGCUGAUGGAGGCACUCUCUACGUGGGGGUCCGGGAGGCCGUUCUGGCCUUGGAUAUCCGGGAUCCAGGUGUGCCACAGCUGAAGAGCAUGAUCCCCUGGCCGGCCAGUGACAAAAAAAAGAGAGAAUGUGCCUUUAAGAAAAACAACGAGACACAGUGUUUCAACUUUAUCCGUGUGCUGGUCUCUUUGAAUGCCACCCACCUCUAUGCCUGCGGUACCUUCGCCUUCAGCCCCGCCUGCACCUUCAUUGAGCUCAGAGAUUCGCACCUGCUGCCCAUCUCAGAGGACAAGGUGGUGGAGGGGAAAGGCCAAAGCCCCUUCGACCCCACGCACAAGCACACGGCUGUCUUGGUGGACGGGACGCUCUACUCGGGCACUAUGAAUAACUUCCUGGGCAACGAGCCCAUCCUGAUCCGCACGCUGGGACCCCAGCCCGUCCUCAAGACCGACACUUUCCUCCUCUGGCUGCAACCGGACGCCUCCUUCGUCGCCGCCAUCCCUUCGACCCAGGUUGUCUACUUCUUCUUCGAGGAGACGGCCAGCGAGUUUGAGUUCUUCGACAAGCUCCGCACGUCCCGGGUGGCCCGCGUCUGCAAGAACGACGUGGGCGGUGAGAGGCUGCUGCAGAGGAAGUGGACCACCUUCCUGAAGGCCCAGCUGCUCUGCACCGAGCCGGGGCAGCUGCCCUUCAACGUCAUCCGCCACGCCGUCCUGCUGCCGGCCAAUUUCUCCUCCGAUCAACACGUCUACGCAGUCUUCACCUCUCAGUGGCAGAUCGGCGGGACCAGGAGCUCCGCUGUCUGUGCCUUCUCUCUCAAGGACAUCGAGCGUGCCUUCGAGGGGAAGUACAAGGAGUUGAACAAAGAGACUUCACGCUGGACUACUCACGGGGUCCCCGACGAUAUCAGUCCUCGGCCAGGCAGCUGCUCGGUGGGCCCCUCCUCCGAUAAAGCCUUGACCUUCAUGAAGGCCCACUUCCUGAUGGAUGAGCAGGUGGUAGGGACGCCCCUGCUGGUGAAGUCCGGCGUGGAGUACACGCGACUGGCGGUGGAGGCCGCCCAGGACCUCGAUGGGCACAGCCAUCUGGUCAUGUACCUGGGCACCACCACAGGCGCCCUGCACAAGGCCGUGGUGAGUGGGGACAGCAGAGCACAUCUGGUGGAGGAGGUCCAGCUGUUUCCCAGGCCCGAACCUGUUCUCAACCUGCAGCUGGCUCCCUCCCAGGGCGCAGUGUUUGCGGGCUUCUCAGGAGGCGUCGUGAGGGUUCCCCGAGCCAACUGUAGUGUCUAUGAGAGCUGCAUGGACUGCGUCCUUGCCCGGGACCCCCACUGUGCCUGGGACCCCGAGUCCCGAAUCUGCCGCCUGCUGCGCACCCCCGUCCCGAGAUCCUGGAGGCAGGACGUGGAGCAAGGGAACCCUGGCUGGGCGUGUGCCAACGGCCCCAUGGGCAGGAGCCUGCGGUCUCAUAGCCGCCCCCAAAUCAUCAAAGAAGUCCUGGCUGUCCCCAAUUCCAUCCUGGAGCUCCCCUGCCCCCACCUCUCAGCCCUGGCCUCUUACCACUGGGGUCAGGGCCCAGCUCCGGCGCCGAGGGCCUCCUCCGUGGUCUACAACGGCUCCUUGCUGCUGGUGCUGCGGGACGGGGCUGGCGGCCUCUACCAGUGCUGGGCCACCGAGAACGGCUUCUCGUACCCCGUGGUCUCCUACUGGGUGGACAGCCAGGACCAGCCGCUGGCCCUGGCCCCUGACCUGGCGGGCAUCCCCCGGGAGCGUGUGGAGGCCCCGCUGACCAGGGUGGGCGGCGGGGCUGCCCUGGCCGCCCAGCGAUCGUACUGGCCGCACUUCCUCACCGUCACUGUGCUGCUGGCCUUGGUGCUCUCCGGAGCCCUCAUCCUCCUCCUGGUCGCCCCACUGGGGGCGCUGCGAGGCCGAGGCAAGGUCCAGGGCUGUGGGACCCUGCCGCCUGGGGAGAAGGCCCCCCUCAGCAGGGAGCAGCACCUCCCACCUCCCAACGACCACAGGACCGCUGCCAGCAGCGUGGGCGCCGACAGCGACCACCUGGGCACCGAGGUGGUGUGAGCUCUGGGCACAGGCUGGGUGGGGCAUGGCGCCUGGCCAUGCCAACCGGGGGCCCGGAGCGGUGCGGACCUGAGCAGGGUGGCGUCGCACAAAGGACACUGUCUCCCCCAAGAGGAGCCUCUCCACCCCUCAGUGGGCCGGGCACAGCGCCGGCUCCCGCAUGGGGCGGCUUUCUACCAAGCAUAUGGGGGCCACCCCGGCCCUGGACCUUGACUGUGAGAGGAAGACCUGGAGGGGACCCUCUAAAACAAGCUGCUCCGGGAGACCCUACGACGCGUGGCUGUUCCAGGCACCCGUGACAGUGAACACGGAGCUUCUGAGCAACCACGAGCUAGCAUGUCACUCCUGGAGACUCACUCUGAGCGGCUGCCACCUGGGACCCGACACUGCCCGCUCCUGGGGGUCUGCAGGGAGCUGCCCCUCCUGCUGCCCUGGACGCUGUGCCCCGCUGGCCCCGGGGGAGUCCCUCCCGCAGUCUGACCUCCGGUCUCGCUUCAGGAGCAAGCUGCGUCCCUUCUGGCCCGGCCGGAAUGGCGAGUUGACCUGAGCCUGUUUGCGCCUUCAUCUGGCUGACCCUUUGACCUCUCUCCUCCCCUUUGUUUUGGGAUUCAGAAACUUGCUUGUCACAGACAGUUUAUUUUUUAUUAAAAAGACAAAGCUUAUGAUGAGUGCCGCGUUUGUCAGAGCUCCAGCGGAGGACUGCGGGGUGUGCGGGGAGCAGGCAUCCGAGGACAUCAAGGGACGAGGGCUGGGCGUGUGGG